AUGGGCAAUCAACGCGAGUCGGGCAUCGAGACGGGUCCCGAAGACGAAUCGGGCACUCCAUCGGUAGCUGAAGUUGACUCGGGCAACGUCGCAUGCAUUGAAGCGAAGUCGGGCAUCGAGACGGGUGCUGGAGGCAAGUCAAGGUCUCCACCGGUCACCGAAGUCGAGUCGGGCAUCGGGACGGGUGCUGGAGUCGAGUCGGGCAUCGAGACGGGCGCUGGAGUCGAGUCGGGCAUCGAGACGGGUACCCGGACCUACUACGAGGUGGAGUUAGGCACUGCAAUGGAAAUUCAAGCCAAGACGCACAACAAACCUGCUGAUAAAAGCCGCUGGGAAGCCUAG